AUGCUGACCAUAUCUCUGACUUUAUCGACCAUAGGAGGACCUGCUUAUAAACUUAUCCGAAGUUUAUAUGAAAACGACACAAAGAAUAAGAGUUUUACUCAAAUAGUUAAACUAAUGAAGGACCAUUCGAAACCAAUACCAAACUCCAUUGCACAGCGUUUUCAAUUUUAUAAAAGAGACAGAAAAGAUGAAGAAUCUGUAAGCGGGUAUAAUACUGAAUUACGUAGACUAUCUGAACACUGUGAGUUUGGUGAAAACUUGAAUGAUUAUUUAAGGGACAGGUUUGUUUGUGGAUUAAAUAAGGAAAAUGUGCAACAAAAAUUAUUAACCAUAAAAAAUCUAACGUUGGAGACAACACUUGACACAGCGAGAGCAUAUGAGACAGCAUAUAAAGAUACCAAAGCUAUAUGUACAAAAGAAAGCUUUAUAGAGCAGGAUGAAUUGCAUAAAGUAGAAAUUCGGACAAAAUCAGAAGAAAGUAAAGAAUGUUUUCGUUGUGGGUUUAGGGGUCAUCAAGCAAACAAUUGUAAUUAUCGCUAUUUAAAAUGUCAUACAUGUGGAAAGAUAGGGCACAAAAAGAGAAAGUGCAGAUCAGAAAAGAAAGAGUUAGAUCAUAGGAAGGAAAAGAAAUUAGGUGUGAAGAAAAUUGGGAUUCAAGAUGAAUCAGAAAAAGGAUGUACUGCUGAAACAGAGGGAAAUAAAGAUGAUUUUCUAGCUCUAUAUUCAAUAAGUGAAGAGUCCGAUAAAGUGACUGGACCAGUUAUGGUUAACGUAAAAAUUAAUGGAAGUGAGGUUUCUAUGGAAGUGGAUACAGGGGCAGCUGUCUCUGUAAUGGGGAUCUCAGCUUACAAAAGAAUAAAGAAGAAUGAAGGAAAAUUACAAAAUUCUGGUGUUGUUUUGAAAACCUACACAGGAGAGCUAAUUAGACCAGAGGGAAUAAGUUUGGUUGAAGUAGUGUAUAAUGGACAAUGUUGUAAGUUACCUAUAACUGUAGUAAAAGGAAAUGUGCCCACAUUAAUGGGUAGAGAUUGGAUGCAGCGUUUAAAUCUGCAAUGGUUAGAACUGUUUAAAAGAAUGAGAGGAAUUAAUUUAUGUGAUAAGGUUGAUUCAAGAGUGAAGACAUUAGUAGAAAAAUACCUAGAAGUAUUUAGUGACCCUUUAGGGUGCUUGAAGAACUUCCAAUGUCACAUACCACUACGCGAGGGACUAGAAGACCAAGGAGUUUGGAGGAAAGUCCAGUAUUCUAAAUGGGCAGCCCCUAUAGUGCCUGUUUUAAAGAAUUCUAAGGAUCCUACUGGUCCAUUAAGAAUAUGUGGAGAUUAUAAGAUUACAGUAAAUCAAGCAGCCCCAGUUGACAGUUAUCCAAUACCAAAUAUCACUGAUCAGUUAGCUACUAUUGCAGGAGGAGAGACAUACACCAAGCUUGAUUUGUCUCAAGCUUAUCAACAAUUGGAAUUAGAUGAAACUUUGUGA